UGCAUAGAUAAGGUAGGUGCUUUCUCUCUUCAGUCUCUCGGUCUGUACAGUGGUGUACACUGUGCACAGACAUGGCUGAAGCUUGUAGAAUUAUUCUCAACACUACAUUUCUUCCUUCACUCCAUUCUCUCCACAAAACACACAAAAAAGUCUCUUACUCACAACCUUUCUUGCACAAAAGGCACCCAGCAAUUCAGUGCUCAAUUUCAACAAGCAGUGACACCAAAGCAGCAGCAAAAGUGUCCGAGACCGUGCCAUGGGGUUGUGACAUCGAUUCUCUGGAGAACGCUGAGGCCCUUCAGAAAUGGUUGUCUGACUCAGGCCUUCCUCCUCAGAAAAUGGCAAUACAAAAAGUGGAAGUGGGAGAGAGAGGUUUGGUUGCUUUAAAGAAUAUUAGGAAGGGUGAGAUGCUGCUCUUCGUGCCUCCCUCCCUUGUCAUCGCUGCCGACUCUGAGUGGAGCUGCCCUGAGGCAGGUGAAGUGUUAAAACAAUACUCUGUACCGGAUUGGCCAUUGCUUGCAACCUAUCUGAUUAGUGAAGCAAGUUUUGAGAAAUCAUCAAGAUGGAGCAAUUACAUCUCGGCCCUACCUAGGCAGCCCUAUUCUCUUUUGUACUGGACACGAGCGGAACUAGAUACGUAUCUGGAAGCUUCACAGAUCAGAGAGCGGGCAAUUGAAAGGAUUACCAAUGUUACUGGAACAUAUAAUGAUUUAAGGCUCAGGAUAUUUUCCAAGUAUCCUCAUCUGUUUCCUGAAGAGGUAUUCAAUAUGGAGACUUUCAAGUGGUCGUUUGGCAUUCUCUUCUCUCGCUUGGUUCGUUUACCAUCGAUGGAUGGAAGAGUUGCCUUGGUUCCCUGGGCAGAUAUGCUGAAUCACAGUUCUGAGGUGGAGACCUUUUUGGAUUAUGAUAAAUCAUCAAAGGGAGUGGUAUUUACAACAGAUCGACCAUACCAGCCAGGUGAGCAGGUUUUCAUAUCAUAUGGAAGGAAAUCUAAUGGAGAGCUGUUGCUAUCUUAUGGAUUUGUUCCAAGGGAGGGCACCAAUCCUAGUGAUUCAGUGGAGUUGUCAUUGUCUCUGAAAAAAUCUGAUAAAUGUUACAAAGAAAAGUUACAAGCUCUGAAGAAGCACGGUUUGUCAGCAUCUCAAUGUUUUCCUCUACAAGUCACUGGUUGGCCGUUAGAGUUAAUGGCAUAUGCUUAUCUGGCAGUCAGCCCUCCAAGCAUGAGCAGGCAGUUCGAAGAGAUGGCUGCUGCAGCAUCAAAUAAGACAACCACCAACAAGAAUAUAACAUACCCUGAUAUCGAGGAACAAGCAUUGCAAUUCAUAUUGGAUAGUUGUGAGUUAAGCAUAUCAAAAUACACCAAAUUCUUGCAGGCAAGUGGAUCAAUGGAUUUGGAUGUGACAUCUCCAAAGCAACUUAACAGAAGAUUGUUCCUGAAACAGCUAGCAGUGGACUUGUGUAGCAGUGAACGCAGAAUACUAUUUCGUGCUCAAUAUGUACUGAGGAGAAGAUUGAGGGAUAUAAGGAGCGGUGAAUUGAGAGGUCUGAAGAUUUUUAAUGGGUUCAGAAACCUUUUUAGAUAACUUCAUAGUGUGUGUUUAGAAUCAGAGAUGGAUCUCUCUUGCUGAUCGGGCAGCAAGACAGCAAAGAAACAGGAGUCGAGGCCAGGCAUUACAAAGGAUGUUGAUGUGCAGGCUUUGCAUGCAUGUCCUUGAAGUAAAAUUUGAGUAAUUGAAGUAUUUACUGGGUUUUUUAAACCAUUUUUUCAUUGUAUUGUAAUACCAUAGAGACAUUUAUGAACAAUCAAAUAGCUUCCAACUACUA